AAGAAAAUCUCCCAACCAUCCUCUCCAAAAAAAUCACUCUGGAACUAUUUAUAGACCGUCUCCCACUUCUCAAGUCCUCAAGAAACAGAGACAGUGGCCGGAUUGAGUAAGCCAAGCCCAACCAUUUUCUUCUAAAAAUGGCAUCUUUCUUCCUCUUCUUCCUCCUUCCCCUCACCACUCUCCUCCUCCUCUCCUUCCUCCGCCGCCGGCCAUCUCAACCCCUUCCCCCCGGCCCGAAACCUCUCCCCAUCAUCGGCAACAUGCUCAUGAUGUACCAACUAACCCACCGCGGCCUCGCCCAUCUCGCCGACCGUUACGGCGGCCCCCCCCCCCCCCCCCCCGCCUUCCUCCACGCAGUCGCCGUCUCCACUCCCGAAAUAGCCAAACAAGUCCUUCAAAUCCAAGACAACAUCUUUUCCAAUCGACCCGCCACCAUUGCCAUCACUUACCUCACCUACGACCGCGCCGACAUGGCCUUCGCUCACUACGGCCCAUUCUGGCGCCAAAUGCGCAAGCUCUGCGUCACCAAACUCUUCAGCCGCAAGCGCGCAGAGUCAUGGACUUCCGUCCGCGAUGAAGUCGAUCUAGCCGUCAAAACUCUCGCGGCCAGAACUGGCUCUCCGGUUAACAUCGGAGAAGUAGUCUUCAAUCUCACCAUGAACAUCACCCUUCGCGCUGCUUUCGGAACUCAGUCCAACGAGAACGAGGCUAAGUUCAUAUCUAUACUGCAGGAGUUCUCCAGGCUUUUUGGGGCUUUUAAUAUAGGAGAUUUCAUUCCUUGGCUGAAGUGGUUUGAUUUAAAUGGGAUUAAUAAGAGAUUAAGGAAGGCAAGAUUGGAGCUUGAUUGGUUUAUUGAUCAGAUUAUUGAAGAACACAGGAGGAAUCCAAAGGAAGCUGAUGCAGAGGAUACUGAUAUGGUGGAUGAUAUGUUGGCCUUUUUUGUUGAUCCGACGGAUGACAGAAAUGGUCAACCUAAAGAUUUGCAGGGUUAUCUCAGGCUCACUAAGGAUAAUAUCAAGGCUAUUAUUAUGGACGUGAUGUUCGGUGGGACGGAAACAGUAGCUUCAGCCAUCGAAUGGGCAAUGGCGGAGAUCCUCCGCAGCCCCGACGAGCUGAAACGAAUCCAAUCUGAACUCGCUCAAGUCAUCGGCCUCAACCGCAAAGUCCACGAAUCCGAUCUCGACAAACUCCCAUACCUCAAAUGCGCCAUCAAAGAAACCCUCCGCCUCCACCCCCCCAUCCCCCUCCUCCUCCACGAAACCGCCGAAGACUCCACCGUCGCCGGCUACUUCAUCCCCAAACGCAGCCGCGUCAUGAUCAACGUCUGGGCCAUCGGCCGCAACAAAUCCGCCUGGAAAGACCCCGACGCCUUCCGUCCCUCUCGCUUCGCUCCCGGCGGCCUCGACGCCGCCAUCGAUUUCCGCGGCAACUUCUUCGAACUUCUGCCGUUCGGUUCCGGGCGGCGAUCUUGCCCCGGGAUGCAGCUCGGGUUGUACGCGCUGGAGCUCGCCGUCGCUAAUCUCUUGCACUGCUUUUCCUGGGAUUUGCCGGACGGGAUGAAGCCGUCGGAGCUUUCGAUGGACGAUGUGUUUGGCCUGACGGCGCCACGAGCGGAGAGGCUGGUGGCGGUGCCAAAGCCGAGACUUUUGUGCGGGCUGGAUGCGUAAUAAAGUACGGCGGUUAGUUUUAAUAAAAGAAGUUAUAUGAAGUGGUGGGUAUUUUGCUGCGGCAGAAAAUUGUGAUUGUUGUUGGGAGAUUUUUACGGUCGAUUUUUAUUUGGGUGCUUGUAAUUUGGAAAAAAUAUUGGUGAAAGAUAACAAUAAAUUACUUGUGGUAUGGUUUGAUGAUUUGAUGAGUGGUGAUGGUGAAGGAAAAUGUUGUGGAAUUAUUUAAUGUUUUUUAUAGGAUUUUUGUUUAGCCAAAGUCAUGUUG